AUGCGUCUGUCCCUGUACAUUUCGCGUCGCACAAAUCUCUUUACGGCCGUUCACCAAGGAAUUUCAAACUCCCUCCCUUCACAGAUCCCCUCUUCGAAAAUGUUUCUUAAAACUUCAGUUAUUUCCUUUAAAUCAUCUUUGAAUGUUAGAUUUUCAUCUUCAUUCAUUCCUUCGUCACUGAAAUCAGCCAAACGCACCACUAUUAUUAAACACCUUUCUCAACUUGAUAAUUUCCUCCAUGUAAACUGCAAGUCGGGUAACUUUUCUCUUGAUGAAGCUCUUGAUUCUUUCGAUUACAUGAUUCAUAUGGACCCCACUCCUGGAGGGGUUUUUACCCUGCCGCUGUGACUUUUACUAGUCUGAUUAAUGGUCUUUGUAAGGAGGGAAAAAUUAAGAAGGCGAUCGAAUUGUUUGGAAAAAUGGUUUCUGUUGGAUGUAGGCCUGAUGUGGUUACAGUUGGGAGUUUGAUCACUGGCUUGUGUCGAACAGGUAAUGUCACUGUUGCCCUUCAGUUAUUUGAUGAAAUGAAUAAUGGGAAUGGUGAAUUUGGUGUCAUUUGCAAGCCUAAUGUUGUUUGCUAUGCUGCUAUUAUAGAUGGUCUUUGCAAAUAUGGGUUAGUAGACAAGGCAAAGAAACUGUUUUCAGAAAUGAAGUCCAAGGCUGUUAAUCCAAAUGUGAUUACUUACAACACUUUAAUUUAUGGAUUGUGCAAUACAUCUAAUUGGGAGGAGGCUAAAACUUUAUUUGCAGAAAUGUCGGAUGAAGGUGUAAAGCCUAAUGAGGUGACAUUUACUGUGCUUAUGGAUGAACUUUGUAAGAAUGGGAAGAUUGAUGAAGCCAAUGGAUUGCUCCAACUAAUGAUUAAUAGAGGUAUUCACCCCAACACAAUUUCUUACAAUGCAAUUUUAAGUGGUUAUUGCUUGGCAGGUAGAAUUGAGGAUGCAAGAAAACUAUUUGAUUCCAUGGAAAGUAAGGGGUGUAAGCCUAAUGUUUUUAGCUUCAAUAUUUUAAUGGAUGGUAUGUGCUUGGCAAAUAAAAUUGAUGAUGCUAAGGAAUUGUUUUCUUUGAUGUUUAGUAAGGGAUGCAAACCUAAUGUAGUUAGCUACACUACGUUGAUCAAUUGGUAUUGUAAGAAUCGAAAAGCUGAUGAAGCUAUUUGUGUUUAUAAGGAAAUGACCUCAAAGGGAAUUCAGCCAACAAUCGUUACAUUUAACACCUUGCUAAAAGGUCUUUUCAUAUAUGGUAAAGUUGGACAUGCAAAAAAACUAUUUGGUGAGAUGCAACUUAGUAAUGUUCCUCCCAAUUUAAUUACGUAUAAUAUUCUUAUUGAUGGGUUUUGCAAAAAUGGUUGUGUUUUGGGGGCUGUUGAACUGUUUCAUUCUUUAAGAAACGGAAACAUUCAUCCUGACAUCAUUACUUUCAAUUGUCUCAUUGAUGGUUUGUGCAAAACAAGAAGACUCAAUAUUGCUUUGGAACUAUUUAACAGAUGGCGCAAUGAAGGAUUUGUUCCAGAUGUUGUGACAUAUAACAUUCUGUUGUAUGGACUUUGUAAAGAAGGGAAGUUGGAGAUGGCAAGUAAUUUGUUAUCAGAUAUGGAGCAAAAUGAUUGUGCUCCAGAUUGCAUCAUUUUUAAUACUCUUAUGUCUGGUUUCUUGCAAAAUAAUGAGACUUCAAAAGUGGUAGAACUUCUUCACAAAAUGAAAGAGAGAAAUGUGAAGCCAGAUGCAUCCAUGGCUUCAAUUAUUCUAGAUUUACUACAAAGGUAUAAAAACUACAGUGAAGUCCUAAAUUUGCUACCAUCAUUCUCAAAAGAAGAACCUACGGAUAGUUGAUUGUCAAGUAACUGCAUUUUCUGAGGGAGUACAACUUAUCACAAGAGUCUUGCCAGAUGUCAAAGUUUCUAUGUAAAGGUUGUAGAUGGCUUCAUAUUGAAGGUUGUUGAUAAAAAAGAUGUGAUUGAACCAGUAAAGAAAUCAUAUGAAUUCUUUUGCAAAUUAUAAUUGGAUGGUGAAGAAGACUGAGAAAGUGUGUGCUUAUUGUGUUAAAAAGAAGUGUGGUUAUAAAGUGAUGUGUAAGUUUACAACAUUGGUUUCUGGGUGUCAUUUUUAGUAAUUUUUUUUUUCAUUUUUUUAAUUUUUAUUGAUUUCAGGUGUCAUUUUUGUCAUUGAAUUAAUGGGUUUAUUAUAUGUGUGGGAUUGUUUGUCAUCAGAAUCUAAUAAGAUUUAUCUAGGAAGUCAAGAUGAAACAGUGAGGGUUUGGUAUUGUCUCUUUGUCUAGCCACGAUUGUUCUUUUGGAUUGCUUGGUAUUUGAUUUGUUGGUAUUUAGAAAAUUUCUGAAUUCAUUGAUUAUCUGAUUUGUUUCUUUAAUAAGGAUUGAAAUUAAUUUAUUUUUUAUAUUAUUUUAGACUUUUUUUAUUAGGAGCAUUUAAGACUUUUGAUAAAAGAUCGUGUAUUAGAUAACAAAACUAAGGUUGUAAACAACAUUGAGUCGCUUAUGACCUUGAUGUCUUAAGUCAGGCUUGGCUUGAUUUAAAUAAAGUCAAGCUUUAGCUCAAGUCAGUCGAGUUCAAACACUUAAGCUAGAGGCUGAUGUUGGUUGGCUCGCUAAGUUGAUGACUCAACUUGAGUAAAAUAUCAAUAUUUUACUAAAAUUUUCAAAUCUCGCAUUUACACUCAAAAAAUUUUACUUUUUAUUUUUAAAUAUAAAUGGUAAUUGAUAAAUAUAUAAAUUAUGAGGUUUAUAAUAUUGUUUUGAAAGUUAAAGUGUUUAAAUGUAAUUUUUUGAGUCAAGAUCGAAUCAAUCUUCUUGUCUCAAGCUCGAAUCAAUCUUCUUGUCUCAAGCUCGAGCUUGAGUUCUCCUUUAAUGUAAUUAGGUGGAGCUCGAGCUAAGCACUACUUUACAAGUCUCAGAUUGAUUACACCCUUAAAUGGAACUAAGUAGUGCUACUUAGUUUCAAGGAUUAUAUUGUCAUUGAAAAAUCAAUGUGUCUUGAAUUUGACCAAGUGUAAAUUUAUCUCUAAGUAUGUACCUCCUAGGAAUUUUUGAUGAGAGUGCAAAACACGGUUAAAACCAUAAAACUAAAUUGAAUCAUUUGAUUUUUUUUGUAGUUUGGUUUGAGUUGGGUUGAAAAAAAUUUGGAAAAUGGUUUACAAUUUGGGUUUUGGUUUAGGUGGUUUUGAAGUUGAACCAAACCAUAAUUCUUCUUUUUUUUUAAGACAAAACAACGUUGUUUUGUCCCCCUUUAUAACAAGAUCAAAUACAAAUUGGUCAAUUUCUACUGUACCAUGAUUGACAUCACUCUCUUCUCAGCAUCAUUCUCUCCUUGCUCAAUGGUUGAUGUUUUUACGUUGAUUCUCUAUGAGAGGUUGUAAAUUAUCCCUAAACAAUAUUGUUGCAAACCUGAAUGAUCGGCUAACUAACCUCCUAGCUGAGGGUUUCAGCAGCGCUCAGCAGCUCCUUCAGCAGGUUCCAGGCACAACUCCUUUUUACAGAUUCACAAUCCCAGUUCCUUUCCAACAACAAUCCAAACGACAUCACCAAAUCUCUCACAACAGUAAGGGAGAUGGGAGAUAAUCAUGGACAUAAACUCACUCUCAUUGUUCUUUUCAUCAAUUAUACUUGAGCCAUGUUUGUAAUGAGAUUAAACAGAGCAGUAAUCAUAUUUUAAUUCAUAUUUAUAAUGUGAAAAAUAGUUACAACAAUGUUCCAAGAAUGGAACAAUAAGUUCCUCUAGAAAUUCAGAAUCCACAAAGGGUGAUAACAAAAGCAACAAAAUCAGAAACAAAAAAUGAACAAUAGUCCAGCUGGGUUUCGAGAGCCAACCCCCUCCCACUAUCUCUACCUACUUAGUAACAAUAUUCUGAAUAAUAAUUCCCCCCUUCCUAUUCCAAGCAUUCCCCAUUAUAUGUGCAGUCUUCUAACCGUAAAUGGAUCCCACCACUAAGGAUUCUCCUCUGUAUUCUGGGAAGGAGGCUUCAACUAAUUUCGGUUGCUUUUGUGAACUGUCCAAACUGCCCUCACCCAUUUGGUCUUCACUUUCGCUCUCAACUGGGCUAUCUUCUUCACCUCCUGGGCUGCCUUCUGGAUUUUUCCCUUUGGGCCUGCAAUGGUAGACUUUUGUAAUUAGAUUCCCAACAAAUAUCUUCGUUAAUGGAAAUCUCAUUUCCUAGAAUUUGUUUGGGUUCUUAGUGCUGAAAGCUUAAAUAGUAUUGUGUGUUUCUAAACUCCACGUUUUCUUGUGAUGUUGAUAUUCAACUUUUGAGUGUCCCACUUUAUUAGGAACCUACAAACUCAAGUUCUGGUGUAGAAGCUCAACUACCAAUCAUUCUUUUUUUUUUUUUUUUUUUUUCGGUUAAGUACUAUUGACCAAUCUUUGGUAACAUGAUUGUUUGCAAUCAAAAGUUCCAGUGUAACAUUUUGAGUGAAUGUUGGAUUUAUUUAAGUUUUGAUUGAGAUUCUUAAUUAUUGUUGAUGAAUCUGUGAAUGUAUCCCAGGAUGCCAAUCAUAGGUUGUUUCCUUCAAGUUGGUAUGUCUAACGUCGAUUUAGUAGUAUAUAUUGUCACCUUUAUUAAAUGAGUUGGGAUGACUUGGGCCGCAUGAAAUGUUUCUCACUCAUCUUUGGUCUAAUGUUUUAUCAGCUUGGCAAUUGCUUAAGUCGCUGAUGGGAAGCCCACAUCAAAGUGGGCUAACCUAAAUCCAGGAGUGCUUACUUAAGUCGCGGACACAUCUUUGUUUCUGAAGGGUGCCUAUUAUUGUUUUCAGAGGAAUUUCUUACAAAGAUGUCUCUAAGGUUGCAGGUGGUUUAGCACCCAGGGCUGCUGAUUGAAAUGAUGCUAUUGAAGCAGUGAAGAAAUUGUAUUAACUCUUUUGCAAAUAUUAAUCAUAUAGUGAGGAAGACAGAGAAAGUGUGUGCUUAUUGGGUUGAAAGGAAGUGUGGUUAUGGAGUGAUGUGUAAGUUUUGCAAUCCAACUGAGGGUUUUAGGUUGUUGAAGUAGCUUGAAGGCCAGUUGAAGGUACAAUCAAUUUUAUUAUGUGUGGGAUUGUGUCGCCAUCGGAAUCUUCUAAUCUUUAUCCGGGAAGUCAAGCUGAAACUGUGAGGUUUUGGAAUUGUCUCUGCAUCUGGCUGCGAUUGUUGUUGGUACAAAGAAAAUUUCUUGAUUCACUGAUUAUUUAAUUUGUUUAUUUUAUAAGGGUUGAAACUAUGGUUUAUAUUAUAGAAUUUUUUUGUUAGGAGCAUUUCAACCUAUUAUGAAAGAUUAUGUAUUACAUAACGAAA